CUCCUGACACAUCAUGGCGGACAGGCAGAAUGUCAUGGUCCAAUCGGCUGGCUACCCUGGCGGUAACGGCUCCAAUGUCGUGAGCAGAGCCGUUGCCGCUGCUGCUGCCAACAAUCACCAUUCAAGUCGAAAAGGUGGUCGCUCAUCCAAGCGCUACUCUGUUUCAGCUUUUUACUCUAUGGCCGCUGAGCAAGAUGUCGAAGUCGAGGAUGAGCUGGCAAAAGCUCAACGCCGUUUGCGAGACUUGAAGUCAAAGAUCUCUGGUCAGUCAAAGAAGAACUUUGUGUUGGAGCGAGAUGUACGUUAUCUCGACUCUCGCAUUGCUUUACUUAUUCAAAACAGAAUGGCAUUGGACGAACAAAAUGAAAUGGUGUCUCAUUUGGAGGAACAAUAUGACGAAGACAAUGGCUAUUAUCCAGACGACCGAAAAAUGCAGCAAUAUGCAAAUCUGUUUUUCUUACUUCAAAGUGAACCACGACAUAUUGCAACUCUGUGCCGACUGGUUAGCUUAUCUGAAAUCGAUACCCUUCUUCAGACGGUCAUGUUCACUUUAUACGGUAACCAGUAUGAAAGUCGUGAAGAGCAUUUGUUGCUCACUAUGUUUCAGAACGUUCUUGCUGCGCAAUUCGAAACUUCCACCGAAUUUGGCUCGCUUCUUAGAGCCAAUACCCCAGUCUCUCGCAUGAUGACCACGUACACGCGACGUGGCCCAGGUCAAUCGUACCUCAAAUCGGUUUUAGCAGAAAAGAUUUAUGGUUUGAUUGAGCAUAAGGAUCUCAACUUGGAGAUCAAUCCACUCAAGGUGUAUGAGCAAAUGAUCAACCAGAUCGAAGAGGAUAAAGGUGAACUGCCACCUAACCUUCCCCGUAGCGUUACCACCGACGUAGCAUCCGCCAAUCCCGAUGUGCGAGCUAUUAUUGAACCACGUAUUAAGAUGUUGAUGGAAAUCGCAAACUCCUUUUUGGCCACCAUUCUGGACUCCAUGGAUAAGGUUCCCUAUGGUAUUCGAUGGAUCUGUAAACAAAUUCGAUCUUUGACAAAGAGAAAAUACCCUGAAGCAACUGAUUUUGCCAUCUGCUCUCUCAUCGGUGGUUUCUUCUUCUUGCGUUUCAUCAAUCCGGCAAUCGUCACGCCACAGGCUUACAUGCUCAUUGACGGCGUUCCUGCCAAGCAUCCACGAAGAACUUUGACAAUGAUUGCCAAGAUGCUUCAGAAUCUCGCCAACAAGCCGUCAUACGCAAAAGAAUCUUACAUGUUGCCCACCAAUCCGUUUGUUGACGACAAUAAGCAGAGGAUCAACAAGUUUUUAAACGAACUUUGCGAAGUUGGUGACUUUUACGAGUCUUUGGAGAUGGAUCAAUAUAUGGCCUUGUCCAAGAAGGAUCUUUUCCUUAACAUCACUUUGAACGAAAUUUACAAUACGCACGCCCUUCUGCAACAACAUGUUGAAAUCCUUGCACCAAAGGAAAAAGAUCAUUUAAGAAUUCUGUUGGUCGAAGCUGGCAAUGCUCCGGCUCAAGUGCCUCGAAAAGACAACAAGGGAAUUGAGCUGCCACUUUUCAGUCGAUGGGAGAUUCCCAUUCAGGAUUUGACAACGGCGCUGAUGUCUGAAAACAAUAUCACACAGAAUGACAUCCUCUACAUGGAAACCAAAGCCAUUUAUGUCCAACUUAUCCGAUCCCUACCGCAUUUAUCGCAAUCUCAACUUGAUUUGGACUACAUAGCGGAAACAGCUGCUACAACCAAAGACGCUCAGCUGGUGCGAAAGGGUAUCAAAGUCAAGGAUAUGUUGCGCGAACUGGAAGAUGCUAGCGUGGUAGAUCAUCGUGACGGGUACAAGCUGUUGGUGGAAGAAAUUACACAAGAGUUGGCACAUCUCGGUAACCUGAAGGAAAUGAUCAUGCAGGAGAUCGACUCUCUUGAAUCCGUUUUCAAGAGCAUUCUUGAUCACAACAACUAUCUCCGCAUUCAAUUGGAGAGCUACAAGGCCUAUCUGCAAAACGUUCGAAUGCAGAGUGGAGGAGGAGAGAAAAGUGGCAAGGGUUCAGUUGGUAUUGGUGUUGAGAUUUAUGGCCAACCCAAAAAGCCCAUCAAGACACAGUUCCAGGGCCCUGUGAAAUUCAGCCAUAACCAGUUGGAACGUGAUGGUGUUAUUGCCGAAAGCAACGUCCCAGAGAACAGACGACCCAACAUUUACUUCGCCAUCACAUCCCCCAUACCCGGAACUUUCAUUAUCUCAUUGCACUACAAGGGACGAGACAAGGCUAUACUUGAAAUGGAUCUCAAGCUGGAUGAUCUUUUGGAAAAGCAACAAGAUAAUGUCCAAUUGCUUGACUUGGAGUACGUCCAACUGGACGUCGGCAAAAUCUUGCAAUUACUCAAUAAGACGUUUGUGACUAAAAGCAGAGGCGGCUUAUUCUCUUAAAGAAUCGAUUGUGUGGUGUUAUUGUUGUUUUUAGCAAUGAAUCCAUCAUAUUGGGCUGGUCCUUGUAUUGGUAUUAUAAUAUAUAAAUAUUUUCUUUCUUAUUCUCUGCGAUCCGAGAAAAAAAAAACAAAGAAAACGAACCUU